AUGCCUACUGUUCAGGCAACAGUAGCUGCAAGAGGCGACAGGCUUGUUAGCGAACCGGCAGCGGCACCUGUCAUACACACGGAUUUACAACCACCAGAUUUUCGUGAUAUUCGAUUGUACUAUGCGAAGACAGGAAUGUUGAAUGAGUCAUUGGUGAUGUACAGUCUUAACGAUCGAGAGAGAAAGCUUGUGUUUCGGAGCAUACCAACAAACGAGACAGUACUAGACGGUAUAUGUACAGUUUUAUGGAAUGAAGCAACCCACAUGCACACUGAUAACACAACACUGUCGGAAGUCAAAUUGGAUAGUACGUGCUGGGAGACGACGUUUGACUUUGUAUCAAAGUCUCAAACGCUAGUGGAGAUAUUUACGAUGUGUUCGAAUGCAAUCGAAUGUGACACCCAGAUUGGACGUGAUGUUGGUACGGUUUGCAUUGACACGUUCAAGCGCAAGCAAGUGCAGCCUAAGGUGCCUGACGAUGACAUAGUUGUACGUGAGAAAGGUGGUGACUUGUCGAAGAAUGAAAUAGUUGCAAUAACAGUUUCUGUUAUUAUUGUUGUUCUGUGUAUAUGCAUUGUCGUCGGUUUGCUUUAUUGGAGAAAGAGGCAGAUAUGCAGUCGUUUAGCAGGGAACAGAGCUCCAAAUCAUGGUGGUACAUGUAGACCUCUACCUUCUCAUGGUGAUUCAACAACUUCAGCUGUUGGUGGAACUGAUGCAACAAGUACUACUCCAGAAGGGGCUCCAUAUGUUGAAAGAGAUCAACAUGUACAGGAAUUAAUGAAGAGAAGAGGAGGUGCAACUGAGAGUAGACAUGAUAAUGAUGGAAACGGUCAAGCUCAUAGCGAAGUCGAAGCAACGGGUACUACUACUCAAGCUAUCAUUGAUUCUAAUCGUGGUGUUUCCUCUUUGGUGGGUGGAAGUUCUACUCCUACAGCAACUGCUGUAGUUCAGCGAGAUCGACCGGAAUUUACUAGAAGAGAUGAAGCAGAGAGUACACACGAUGAGAGUAAUCGAGACACUGGAAUAAACGCGAUAGAGAUGAUGAUGGCAGUAGAAACACAAGAUCGGCUGCAGGAUGAGCUUGAGGAGACACGUGCUGUGGUGAAGGAAAAGUCGGAGAAGACAAGAGCUGAGGUGCGGAAAAUCUCUAUGAAAGUUGAUCAGUUGACUGCUGUAGUGAAUGACUGUGCUGUGAGGCAAGAUAUGCCAGAAUCACUGUCAACACUGUGUUGACGUAAGGUUAACGCACCAUUUUUCUUGGAUGCACUUGAACUUGUAUUUACUGUUGAAUAUGUUGCUUUAGAGGGUUGGUUAGCUAUCAUUGCAUUGUAAAUUAAAUUUUUUGACUUAUUGAUAUUAAUAUGUUACUGUUAUGAUUUCCUUUAGUGUACUUGAUAUUGUGCAAUAUAGUUACAAACAUGGUUUAGUAAACUAGC